AACCGCUCUUGUCCCGAACCGCCACCUUCCCUUCCCCCACCCGUCUUCUAUCAUCUUCAAUGGCCCCCAAGCCCGCUUCCACCGCCGGCAAGGCCCCCGCGUCGACCGCGUCGAAGGCGCCGGCCAAGGCUGAGUCUACCGCGGCGAAGAAGACGGCGAGCAAGAGCAAGGCCUCUGCCCCCGCUGACGGCGAGAAGAAGAAGCGCAAGAAGACGCGCAAGGAGACCUACAGCUCGUACAUCUACAAGGUGCUGAAGCAGGUCCACCCUGACACGGGUAUCUCGAACAAGGCCAUGGCCAUCCUGAACUCGUUCGUGAACGAUAUCUUCGAGCGCAUUGCUACCGAAGCAUCUAAGCUGGCUGCGUACUCGAAGAAGUCGACUAUCUCGUCGCGCGAGAUUCAGACCUCCGUCCGCCUCAUUCUCCCUGGUGAGCUGGCGAAGCACGCUAUCUCGGAGGGGACGAAGUCCGUUACCAAGUUCUCUGCCGGUGCGAAGUAGAUUGGACCCACCUAUCUUGGCCAUGCCUACGCUAUGUAUUUAUGCUUCAUGCAAUGUGAUCCUGUACGAAUAUCAUGCACAUCUCGACCUCACCCUGUCCGA